AUCAGUCAAUGGGAAACAAAACAGCAAGAACUAAGGGAAAAUUCACAGUCAGUCAUAGUAAGUAUACUGAUGCGCCUUUCUUACUUUAAUGUUGAAAAUAAUUUGAGUUUUCUCGCAAUGUGUUAGACUAGACCGUACCGAACGUUCUGGCUUGACGUUAUCUUGCAACGAAUCGUACAGUCUGUCGAUUUAACAGGAAGCAACUGCUGAAUGCAAAAUAUAGAAAACUGCUGUGAGUCACCACAGAUAUAUUCCAUUCCGAGAACGAUCUGAUGAUUGUAGAAUACUCACACUCGCUAGUGUAGAGGUAAUCAAGAAGCUUUGCUGUAAAUCUAUCUAUAUAGCGAGAGAGGAGUAGUGUGGCGUCUUGUUACCAUGGUAGCAAAGUUACUGGUUCGUAACUGAGACGGCCAUUAGCAUUGUCGAACGAUGUAAGAAAAGUGUGGGCUACCGUUUUGUUCCUGAGUGCAAUCAUGUAAAGGAAAGUCAUACAUGUCAAUUUUGUCGAUAUUUUUUUCUGCUAUAUUUGCAGGACCUCGGUUUGCUGAGGUCCAGAAAUUUUGCUUCCACUAGCAUCAUGACAUAACGACUUCUCCUCUCUACGGCGAUCGAUCAUUUUUCAGGCCGAAUGCAACCUCGUUCCAAGGGUCCUCUCGGAGAUUGAGGCAAAUGACGCCACUGUCACAUGCAUGUAUUUUGCACUGUGUUCGUGCGGCGUCAAUCGAACGAAUUUCGUCAAUUUUUGUUUAUUUCUACCAGUUUAUACGAGCGUGUGUAAUAUUUUUUCAGACCGAAGCAACUAUGACAGGGGGCGGCCGUUUUCAUCAACUCUUCAGCUCUGGGCUAGUGGAACCCGCAGAAGCAGAGUUACUUAAUGAACUGAGAGGUCAUCAUCACCACUCAUUCCAAAGUUCCGAAGCUACUCCAUGUGUUAACACUGGUCAGAACGCUGGAGUGUCUUUUCACUUAUAGAAAGAGCAUUCCCUAUAACAAAUACCGUCAAAUUUUUUAACCGAUCAGCUAACUUACUUGUUAAGCGUUUAUUUGGUUUUUUUCUGUGAUAAGGAAUAAUUGGAUGAGGCAGAGUAUUAUAUGAUGAAUUAUGCAGAUCGCGAAGGAUAACACCCUCCGAGAACUGCAUAAUUCUCCAUAUCACACGACAGCCAAUUCCAAUGGUUGUUUAAGAUUCAUUCAAAAUAUUUCCAACUUCAACAAAACGUGCUUUCGAUCUCUCUCGUCUUCAUGACAAUGGACUGUUCCUCAAAGUUUUAGGUUUUGAAGGAAUGUUAUUCCAACAGAUUAUCUUCAAAUAACAGUUUUCAUCCGUUUAGUGGUAGUCUUGCCAUUCUGGCUGUUUUUAGGCAGUAGUUAGUCUAUUUUCUCUUCUCUUUUACUCGUGAAAUCUUCGGCUAUUUUCUCCAGGUACAACUGAGUAACCAAGCCUUCUAGUGUCCC